CAGCCUAACUGUGCUCCCUGUGCAUCGUGUCUCGGAAGCUGCACCGGGAUCUUCGGAUCCCGGUUUUUUCAGGCUCGAACCCUGAGCCCGGGAUUCCCAGCGUCUCCGGGUCGGCGCUUGCGGGGAUCCUGCUGCCAUGAGUGUGGGUUUUAUCGGCGCGGGCCAGCUGGCCUGUGCGCUGGCGCGGGGCUUCACGGCCGCGGGCGUCCUGUCGGCUCACAAGAUAAUAGCCAGCUCCCCGGAAAUGGACCUGCCCACCGUGUCUGCGCUCAGGAGGAUGGGCGUGAAUCUGACCCGAAGCAACAAGGACACAGUACGGCACAGCGAUGUUCUGUUCCUGGCUGUGAAGCCACACAUCAUCCCGUUCAUCCUGGAUGAGAUUGGGGCUGACGUGCAGGAGAGGCACAUCGUGGUGUCCUGUGCAGCUGGUGUCACCAUCAGUUCUGUGGAGAAGAAGCUGAUGGCAUUCCAGCCAGCCCCCAAAGUGAUCCGCUGCAUGACCAACACACCAGUGGUGGUCCGAGAGGGGGCCACAGUGUAUGCCACAGGCACCCAUGCUCUGGUGGAAGAUGGGAAGCUGCUGGAGCAGCUGAUGAGCAGUGUGGGCUUCUGCACAGAGGUGGAGGAGGACCUCAUUGACGCCAUCACGGGGCUCAGUGGCAGUGGGCCUGCCUAUGCAUUUAUGGCCCUGGAUGCACUGGCAGAUGGUGGGGUGAAGAUGGGCGUGCCACGGCGCCUGGCAGUCCGACUUGGAGCUCAGGCAUUGCUGGGAGCAGCUAAGAUGCUGUUAGACUCGGAGGACCACCCAGGCCAGCUCAAGGACAAUGUCUGCUCCCCUGGGGGGGCCACCAUCCAUGCCCUGCACUUCCUAGAGAGUGGGGGCUUCCGCUCUCUGCUCAUCAAUGCAGUUGAGGCCUCCUGUAUCCGAACAAAAGAGCUGCAGUCCAUGGCUGACCAAGAGAAGGUCUCCCCUGCUGCCCUGAAGAAGACCCUCCUGGACAGAGUGAAGUUGGAGUCACCCACCGUGUCCACGAUGUCCCCACCCAAUUCAGGGAAACUCCUCACAAGAAUCCCCGUCCAGGAAAGCAAGAAGGACUGAGGAGUACUGCGUGGGGUGUCCCUGUCCCCAGCAGUGCAGGGGGAUCAGGCUUAGGUCUGGCGGUGAAUGCUGCUUGGAUCUGUUCACUUGGUGGCACAGAGUCCUUCUUUUGCCCCACAGUGGAAGGUGCUCUGAAGAGGCAGCUGAUGCCCUGAGCCAGGUAGUCCUGCACGCCUGUCUGAGGGAGAUGAGAGGCUCUGUGUUAGCAUCCCCCUCAGAAGACGUCUCUGGAGAACUUUAGUUAGAUCCCAGGGGUGGAAGAGGUAAGAAGAAACAGGGAAGGCCCAUCCUCUGAAUUAAAAACACGUGAAAGAAACAAGUGACUUCGUGUUGCAGUUGGAAAUGUGGGGAAGUCUAUGAUGCUUUUGCUUAACUCUGAUUUCACAGAUAUCCCAUUAGAAGGUGUUGUUCAUUGCUAGUUCUAGCUGCUUUAAUAAAGAUUUAUUUAUUUUUGAGCUAGA